AUGUGCAACACAACAGUACCUCUAAGAGGUGAUACCGCAAUGAAAAAUAUAGAUUACGUCAUCUUUCGUGGUGCCGAUAUUGAUGAUGUUCAACUUUCAUCUACUUUAUGUGAAGAAAGUUCAUUACUAAAUGAUUCUGCAAUCGUUAGAAUAAUCCGUUUCGACGAUGUCGACGAUAUUACGGUUUCAAAUAUGGAGAGAAACGCUGAUUUAUUUCAACAGUUAGAGUCAUCGAAACGUAGACAUUUAAGUCUUGAAAGAAAAGUUGAGAGUAGUUUAAAUAACAAAAUCUCGGAUUCUGUAAAACCAUCCGGUGAUGCAAGGCAUGAAAAUAUCGAACAAACAGACAAUGAUUGCAGUGAUACACAAAAACGAUCAUUUUUUGAUCAUUUUUCUUCCGAACCAAAUAAGUAA